GUUGAGUUGUUGUUGUUGUUGUUGUUGCCUGCGUCCAGUUUUUGCUUGCCUCCACCAGAACAUUCUAAACAUCAAAGGAGAAACAGUCGUCAAACGUUUGCUCACGAGAGGUCUCAAUUUACUUUUUUAGACUUGCUGCACGUUUGGGCUACACCCCACCCGGUAGCUAUCGUACAACCGGUACUGGUCCUGCGUGGGCUUUUCACUCGGGAUCUUAUCUACACUUGUCGGUGCUUGAGCUUUUUACUCCGCCUCUGACAGUAGACAGUAGUACCACCACCAUGACAGAACACGAACGACGGUAGGAGGGUGUACGGUAUGUGAUAACACGAUAGUUAGUCAGAAGCUUCAGACGUGGACCACUAUAGUCAGUACAAUUGAGAAGCAAUGUACGUUUCAGCACUGUACUUACACAAGGUUCACCGUAACACUAAACGACUCGGAUCGAAUCAACCUUGGCUUGAUGCUGUGAAGGUUUGAAGACGCCAGCGGUGGUUUUCGCCCAUAAGAUCGACCAAGUAAAAUGCAUCACACGAACAACACUACAAGCAAGCAUGAUGGAUCGAUCGCCCCCGACGACCCUGGGGCCUUUGGCCCUGGGUCCAACACGACAACAGGAACAGCAAGUACUACAACAGAAGGAGACGAAGAAGGGGAGGGUGGUGACCUAGAGCCCCCUCUUUUCCGCUCCGUAGCGAUUCAACCAGCCUUUGCUGCUGCUUUUGCAGCUUCCAAAGGAAGUCCAGAAACCAAGCAGCCCAGUAGCUUUGGGCCUGCAUCGAAGAGUUUCUUUGGCCAGGCGGUCAAGAGCCCUGUUUUCAACAAGGCCCCGCCUGGAGCAAGCAAGAAGACGACGCCCCGUUCGCGCUCCACGUCACCAGUGCCCCGGGACCGGGUCUUGUGCCAUUGGAAAGCCCAAGCGAUGGAUGGAGUCUAUGUGCUCCCUUGCUAUUACCCCAGAUGCGACAGGCGAUCAGCAACCAGCGACCAGUCAGUGGACAGUGUCCUCGAGCGGCUCUUUUGCUGCUUCAAGAAGUUGAACAUCCAGGCCACCUACGAACCCUCUUUCGCCACUUUUGGACUUGUGCUUCGCACACCGGAACAAGUGGAGCUUUCUCUGCUCAUUUGGUUCGCUUGCAAGAGCCGUGCUUCCGUGUAUGUGGAACUCGAUAAGCGCCAAUCUGGCUGUGGCUGCGGUCCUCUCAAGUACAUUUGCCGGAUCCUGAAGGCGAUCAAGUGCUGCAACGCCGAGCUGGAAGGAGACUCUCUUUGUCUGGCGAAGCAUCAAGAGCUUCGCCGUGGCAGCGUUGAGAUGUCUGAGCGAUGCCGCAAGAUGUCGCUAUUGGUUGCCUCGUGUGCUGCUCCUGCAGGAGACAAGAAGGCUCCCGCCUUUUUUAAAGCUGCGCCUGCUGUUCCCUUUGCAUCUUUCACCUGUGUCGGUGACCAGACCGUGAACUCACUCGAGAUGGUUUGGGGACUCUUGAAGACGCCUGUUACGUGGUCUCACGGAUUGGAACUUUUGGGAACUGUUUCCGAUCCGAACAAAUCGGGGAUUGAGUCCUCGAAGGCUGUCUCCAAGGUUAUCCUUCUCGGUGUGUCUCCCAUGGCUUAUGGGGAAGUUUGUUGCCGUGGCAUUCACGAGAAGCUGGUCCACAUGAUGCAAUCGCUGGUUGGUGAUUCCUCAUCUAGCGAAGUCGAGCACCUUUCCGCUUACCAGAGAGACUGUCUGCUCCAGCUUGUCCUGACUUGUCUGGUCAAUGCGAUGGAGGUCCACAUCAAGUUUGUGGCGGAAGAAAGCGAGAGCAUGGAAGUCACCAUGGAGGAUGGCACUACUGAGGCUUCGGUGAUGAGCCGAUUCCUUGAGAGCACCAAAGGCGUGGUUGCUUGCGACAUUGUGGAGGUCUUGGUCACGAUUGUGAGUCGCGCUAACACCAAGCCCCAUCACGCCUACCUCGCUGUGAAGGCCUUGUUUCUUCUUUCCUCCGAGAACUCCUCUGUUCGGCAAUAUGUCUCGAUGGCGAUGGCAGCCGAAGACAAGGCCCAGCGAUCGGCCGCACUCAAGGACGCUCACGAAGUUGGUGUGCAAAGCCACGGUCUUUUGGAAGCAGAAUGCGAGCGUCUCCAACGUGUUUUGCAAACUAGACACUGAGCUUUCGCUUGUUAGGACAACAUUGAUGACUGAUUCAUUUGCAAGUUCAUUGGCGGCCUUUGCGCUGCUGGUGAAUAGACGGCUUGCGAACGGGUACACGAGAAGUUGUCUACAGCACUAUUACAUGUUGCUUGUACGACUACGUCUUUUGAGAACGCUUCGCGAACGACAAUCUACAUCUUUUCAUCUUACACAACAAUCAAUUAGUGACAGGGUAACGUAUAGAUCAUUCUUCUUAGGUAUGUUCGUUUUCGUCGACGUCCCGCCAGAAGACCUCGAUACAUGUGAUGAUACGGGUAGACUUUCGUGAUCAGUGGUUGGUCUUUGGAGCGGUCCAUGUUCCGAAAGCAGAAGACCCGUCAGCGCACCGGUAGAUAUGGCGACGCUCUUCGUGGGCGCAGCAUUAACCGACGUUCUGUGGUCAGCCGCCGCAAUUAUGCCCCUGG